AUGAAUGCCGCGCAGAUGCGCGACGCGCAGAUGCACGGGACACCUUACCACAUGAUGCACUUACCUCAAAAGCGAAAGAAUGCCGCGCAGAUGAAUGCCGUGCAGAUGCGUGGGACACCUAAAAGCGGAGUCGAUGGACGUCUACAUCUCCCACUUGAAACUCCCAUCGAGCCUCCCAGCGGUAACACCGGAUUCCGCCACCACGUCGCGAACUCCGACUGGCAGACGACCAUGGAAUCUGAGAGAGUGAGAGUUGCUGUCAGGCUACGGCCUAAAAAUGCUGAGGAUAUGUCCGAUGUCGAUUAUGGUGAAUGUGUUGAACUUAAGCCUGAGCUAAAAAUGUUGAAGUUAAGAAAAAACAAUUGGACUUGUGACUCUUAUAGAUUUGAUGAAGUCUUUACGGAAAGUGCUUCACAGAAGCGUGUGUAUGAGGCCGUAGCUAAACCCGUUGUUGAAAGUGUAAUGGAUGGGUAUAAUGGCACGGUUAUGGCUUAUGGCCAAACGGGGACUGGCAAGACUUACACCCUUGGCAGGCUGGGUAAAGAGGAUGCUUCUGAACGUGGAAUAAUGGUUAGAGCUUUAGAGGACAUAUUAUCUGGUACAUCGACAUCUGAUACCGUCGAAGUUUCUUAUUUACAGCUAUACAUGGAAUCUGUUCAAGAUUUGCUUGCUCCGGAAAAGACGAAUAUCGCAAUUGUGGAGGAUGCCAAGACUGGGGAAAUAUCCGUACCAGGUGUCGAUAUAGUUAAAAUACGAAGCGUCGAUCAUUUCUUACAACUAUUGCAAACUGGAGAAGCUAAUCGCUACGCAGCCAAUACAAAGAUGAACACAGAAUCAUCACGCAGUCACGCAAUUCUUAUGGUUAAUAUUCGUAGAUCAGGUCAUGAGAAAGAAGAAAGAGUGAUUGAUCUUGAGCAAGAAAUUCCCACGUGCAGAAAUGGACGUAAUGUGCCUACGAUUCGGAAAAGCAAGCUUCUGAUUGUGGAUCUUGCCGGAUCUGAGCGAAUAGACAAAUCGGGGAGCGAAGGCCACUUGCUGGAGGAGGCUAAGUUUAUUAAUCUUUCUCUAUCAUCUCUUGGAAAAUGCAUCAAUGCAUUGGCCGAAAACAGCCCUCACAUACCAACCAGAGAUUCUAAGUUGACAAGAUUGCUCCGAGAUUCAUUUGGAGGUUCAGCAAGAACAUCACUCAUAAUUACAAUUGGGCCAUCUUCACGCCAUCAUGCAGAAACAGCAAGCACUAUAAUGUUUGGACAGCGGGCCAUGAAAGUUGUGAACUCAGUAAAGGUGAAAGAAGAAUUUGAUUAUGAGAGCUUGUGUAGGAAGCUGGAGACUCAAGUCAAUCAUCUUUCUGCAGAGGUCGAUCGGCAACAAAAGUUGAGGGAGAACGAAAAGAAUGAAACGAACAAGUUGCUGCAAGAAUAUGAAAAUUCAUCAGCCGAAGCCGAAAAGCAUUUUGCCACUAGGUCUGAGUUGUUGCAGAAGGAGAAUUAUCAGUUAAAAUCGGACAUGGAAAAAUUACUACAAGAAUUAGAUAGCCAGAAAAACUGCAACAAAUUGUUGCUUGAUGAGAUUGCUCGCUUAGAAGUGAGUGCAAAUCAUAGUAAGAUCUUGGAGGAGGAAAAAGCUUGUUUGGAGAUGGAGUUGAACAACAUUCAAAAAGAUCUGAAAUGGCACAAAGACCAAAAUAAUGUCGUACAGAAUGAGAUCGCAUGCUUACAGAUGAAUUUGAAGCAAAACAAGAUUAAUGGAGGCAAGGAGAUUGAUGAGCUUCAACUGAGAUUGCAAGAAAUGCAACAGCUGCACGAGGCAACUGCCAAUGAACUAAGAGUUUUAAGCAUAAACUAUAAGAAUCUAGAUUCAGAAAAGGAAACAAUUAAAUAUGAACUUGAUGCUGUACGAAAAACUCUACAAAUAGAGGAAAGGCGAAGAAAAGAUGCUGAAGCAGAGCUCAACAAUAUAAUAAAAGCCGUCCCAGAAAGUGAAGAUGGUUUUGAGGAAAAGACAUCUUGCAUGCUUGAAAACACAAUCAAAAGGUCCUCGGCUUUAAGCAAUGCUCAAACUUCUCUAAAGUAUAGCCGAUCAAGAGAAACUGUCCUCAGUCAGAGGAAUACAGUCACCAAAAUAUGUGAGGAAGUUGGCAUCCAAAAGAUACUAUCAUUGUUAGAGUCUGGUGACGUGGAUGUUCAGGUUCAUGCUGUGAAAGUUGUGGCCAAUCUAGCGGCUGAAGAUAUCAAUCAGGAAAAAAUCGUUCAGGAUGGUGGUUUAGAUGCACUGUUAAUGUUGUUGGAAUCAUCACACAACACAACAAUUCUCAGAGUUGCUUCUGGUGCUAUAGCUAAUUUGGCAAUGAAUGAAAUGAACCAGUGUUUGAUAACGAAUAAAGGAGGGGCGAAACUUUUGGCAAAUGUGGCUUCAAAAACAGACGAUCCUCAAACUCUUAGAAUGGUUGCAGGGGCAAUUGCAAAUUUAUGCGGAAACGAAAAAUUACACCCGUCUCUGAAAGAAGAUGGAGCUGUCAAAUCUCUCUUGGGGAUGGCUCGAUCGGGAAAUAGUGAUGUCAUCGCUCAGGUUGCGAGGGGAUUAGCUAAUUUCUCCAAGUGCGAGUCUAGAAAAAUUAUGCAAGGUACUAAUAAGUUAUUCGUGAACAAUUCUGUGAAUCUUGCUUUUUUAAAAAAAUUAAAUCUAAACAAUUUGCACUCUUGCACAGGCCAUUGGAAGAGCCGUUCGCUUCUAAUGGAAGAUGGAGCUCUGUCUUGGCUUGUUGCUAACUUGAACACUUGUUCGGCUUCUACCAGACGCCAUAUGGAGCUCACAUUUUGCCAUUUAGCACAAAAUGAGGAAAACGCUGGGGAUUUCAUAACCAGUGGAUGUCUGAAAGAACUAAUCGGAAUCUCGAAUAGGUCUGAAAGAGAAGAUAUCCGCAACUUGGCCAAGAAGAUAUUGAGGUCGAUUCCUUUGUUUCGUGCAGAACUUGAUACAAGCCAAGAAUUCCACCUUGCUCGAUGUGCAUCGCCGUCCUGUCGCCCGCUGUGGUGCUGCACGUUCGAGUCCUUGUCGUCGAGGACUGGUGGUCAUCAUCGUAAUGGGGUGUCGUCUGGGACCUACUUGCGCCUAUCCGAGAAGUCGUCGAGCUCUAGGGCCUGGUUGCGUACAGCGACGCCUGCCCGAGCGUGUCGCGGGGUGUGA